AGGACACCUUGCAAGAGACAAGGCUGUUUCGGAGGCCACCAUUGACUUUUCCUCAUUAUAUACUUCCUCUUACCUGAAAUCAACCAAUGUAUUAUGCAACAACUAUAGCAUAAACUUGCCUGCAAUUGUUGAUCUGUGAAUAUUACCAGUGUCAGUGUCUGCGUGCUCUAUCUCGACAUGCCAAAUCACCUCUAUUUUGCGUUGCUUGCCUCUCUGCUGGGAGGGGCAUCAGCUGCUGGACUAUACACUAAAAGCUCACCUGUGCUUCAGGUGGAUGCAAAGAACUUCAACUCACUAAUCAACAAGUCUAACCACACAUCAAUUGUAGAAUUCUAUGCGCCAUGGUGCGGUCACUGCCAAAACCUCAAACCCGCCUACGAGAAGGCCGCCAAAAACCUCGAAGGUCUAGCCAAAGUAGCGGCAGUCAACUGUGACGAUGACGAAAAUAAAGCUUUUUGCGGACAAAUGGGAGUCCAGGGAUUUCCAACCUUGAAGAUCAUCGUUCCUGGUAAAAAGCCAGGCAAGCCGCGAGUAGAAGACUACCAAGGCCAGAGAUCUGCAAAGGCGAUUGUCGAUGCGGUGGUUGAGAGGAUCCCGAACCACGUCAAGAAGCUCACAGACAAGGAUUAUGAGACUUGGUUAUCAGCCGAUGAGUCUCCGAAGGCUUUACUCUUUACCGAGAAGGGGACCACAGGAGCACUUCUGCGUUCUCUGGCUGUUGACUUCCUUGGGGGUAUCAACUUUGCGCAAAUCAGAAGCAAAGAAUCUAAGGCAGUUGAACAAUUCGGCAUUAAUUCAUUCCCAACUCUUGUACUCCUACCCAACGGAGCCUCGGAGCCGAUUAAAUAUGAAGGCGAAAUGAAGAAAGCGCCCAUGCUCGAAUUCCUCAGCCAGGUCGCAAAACCGAAUCCCGAUCCAGCCCCAGCCGCUCCGAGAAAGAAGUCGAGCUCACCGAAGAAGCCUACCUCAUCGUCCAGCUCAACUGUUACUGAUAGCGAUAAAUCCACAGACUCGCCGAGUCCGAAGGUGGAAGUGGCUCCGGAGGAGAAACCAGUCAAGAUCCCCGUCAAGGCUCCCGAAGUCGCCCAGCUCUCUACCCCUGAGGAUCUUGGACCAACUUGCCUCAACUCCAAAUCGGGCACCUGCAUCUUGAUUCUCCUACCAGAAACAGAGUCCGCUGAUGCCGAGCUCCCUUCACCGGCAAAGGAGGCAUUGUCCAGCGUCUCAGAACUCGCGCAUAAACUAACUGGUCACCAUCUCCCCUUUUACAGUGUACCAGCAAUUAACUCUCACGCAAAGAUACUACGUACCGAAUUGGGACUUUCUGAGCCAAGCGUCACGGAGAUCAUUGCAGUCAAUGGCCGACGAGGCUGGUGGCGUCGUUAUUCUUCGGAGGAAGGUUUCGGCCUUCACAGUGUCGAAGGUUGGAUUGAUGCUAUUAGACUCGGUGAAGGAUCAAAAAGUAAGUUGCCUGAGGGUGUGAUCAAAGAAGAAGAAGAGGAAGUGUCACAUGAUGAGCUCUAAUUGCUUAUUGCGCCUAUACUGUAUGAUACCUAGGUACAAGGAACCCGUGUGAGCGUGUAGACAGGGCAGGAGGACUUGAAUAUACUAAGCAGUUUGAAUUAUCAAUUGUAUCGAGUAAGGUUACCGAAUGUAUUAACAGACUUGUUUAAAUAUGUAUAUUGAUUAUUUACAACAUGUCAUACAUAUAGUAAGCGAAAAGC